GCUCCCCCUCCCCACUCAUUCGUCCCUGUGCCGGCUAGGGAGACACAUACUGCCUGCCUGCUGCCUGCAGCAUUUGUGCCUGAGCUCCAGGCUCUGCUGUCCCCUCCGCUCCCUCCCCCCACAUGCAGCUCUCCAUCAGAGGGAACGAUGACAUCCUCUCUCCCCUGACUGCCUCCGACUGCUCCACAGCUCUGCGGUGCAGACGCUCACUCUCUCUGAGUGAGUUUUUUCCCUCCCCUCUGCCUGGUCUAGCUCUCAGGCUGUGGGAUUCAGUGGAUAAUCAGUGUGUCGGCGAGCAAGAGUGAGGGACUGAAGCAAAGAGAGAGAGAGAAAGCCUGGAUCAGGUGCAGCAGCCUUGACUUCGUCUGUCUCUUUCUGUCUGUUUUCUGCCUGGCACAUACAGAAGUGUAGACAGAACUCAUAAUUCAGCAAUUAGCCUUCCUUCACCCUCUUUCUCCUCCUCUGGUACUCAUCGCAAAGAAGGAGAGAAGAGGAGGGAGACACUCAUCGCAGGACUUUGCAGAGUGACAAGUAUUGUUUUUUUUUAUUUGCUCGCUCUGCGUCCUACUUUGCCCUACCCCUCCCCUCUAUCCCACCCGCACCCCUGCUUGCUCCAGCCAACACACACCCGCACACCCAGAGUGCGUAUCCAGGGGCAGACAGACAGAUAAACAGACGGACGGACAGAUAAACAGACGGACGCAGUAGGAUAUGGAGUCCAAAGGAAGCGGGAGGUUCUCUAUGUCCAGGUGUUUGAGCUCAGGAGACACCGUCCAUGCCAGUGUUGUCGUCACACUUCUGCUCGGGGUAUGGUGUGCUUCAGCGCUGGAGGUUUCAGUGGGGAAGGUGCCCUUCAUGGAGGCAAUGAACGGCAGCACGGUGCUGUUACCAUGCACCUACUCCAGCUGCAUCGGCAUUAAGAACCUCUACUUCAACUGGCAAUACAACGACAACGGCACCUUCAUGAAGCUGUGUGAGGCAGUGAUCCCCAUGGAAGGUGUGGAACCACGGGUGCAGGUGUACCACGAGCGGAUAGAGUUUGUGGGCAGCAGUAAGCACAACAACAUCUCCAUCCUGCUGUUCAACGUGACCUUCGAGGACGAGGGAGAGUACACCUGUUUCGCCCGGAAUCCCAAGGAGAAGCAUCGCAACCAUAGCGCCAUCUUCACCCUGUUCGUGGUGGAUGAGUUGAAAGUGGUUGACAAUACCGUAACCACCAUCAUCGUGUCUGUCGUGGGCGGGGUCAUUGGCUUGAUCGUCGUUGUCAUGGUGACAAAGACUGUGGUGCUCCUCAUUCUAAAAAAGUCUGCAGAGAAGAACGCUGGGAUUCGAACCGACAGCUCUUCGGCUACCACCUCCCCCCUUUGAAACUGUCAUGGAACAUUGUAAAGAGUGCCUUGUGAGCUCAGGACAGGACAACACAGACAAUGAACUCAAUGCAGCCAAAGCGGACAACAAAGCCACACCGAAGGCAUGAAACAUAUACACCUGUGUAUAUGUACAUACAGCAUAUGUCUGUACAUGUACACAUGCAAAUAUAUUGCACAUACAUAGAAAGAAAGCUAUUAUCAAUGGACUGUUUUAUCUUUAUCUAAUGACACAAGUAUAACAUGAACCAAUGUGAAAUCAAAUGUCAUAUGUCAUAUGUGCUUGAGAUUUGGGGAACAUGACAGGUGAUCGGGGCUGGAUCAGACACACUCCAAUGACACACCUUAUGUGUUGUGUAUUCAGAUUGGGGUUUAAUUGCAGCAUUUAUCUGAAUCAGCUCAAAGUCAAUUUACUGUACAAGCAUUUCUGGAAUCAACAUCGACGUCUCACCAGUUACUCAUUCAUGUUCACGACGUAAAAACGGCAGAUUGACGUUUAUUGGGAUGAAUCUUGUCAUGGGGGCAGAGCUGAGCAUUUUCCGCUAGGUUUAAGGUUAGGAUUUAUAUAUAAGGUUAACAAUGUAAUUAAGGUCAGGGUUAAGGUAAGGUUUAAACCAGAGGAGGCUGGUGGGAGGAGCUAUAGGAGGACCGGCUCAUUGUAAUGGCUGGAAUGGAAUUGAUGGGAGGAGCUAUAGGAGGACCGGCUCAUUGUAAUGGUUGGAAUGGAAUUGAUGGGAGGAGCUAUAGGAGGACCGGCUCAUUGUAAUGGCUGGAAUGGAAUUGAUGGGAGGAGCUAUAGGAGGACCGGCUCAUUGUAAUGGCUGGAAUGGAAUUGAUGGGACGGAUUAGAACGUGGUUUCCACAUGUUUCAUGUGUUUUGAUACCUUUCCAUUUAUUCCAUUCCAGUCAUUACAAUGAGCCCGUCCUCCUAUAGCUCCUCCCACUAGCCUCCUCUCUGGUUAAAAAAUGACAUUUUAAGACUUUGUGGCUUGGCCAGAAGUGACCACCCUGCAGAACUGCCUCCAGGACAAGAUUCAUCCCGAUAAAUGCCAACCUGCAUUAAAAACACAAACUCACACAGUAACUCCCAUACUGUCAAGUUUUACUAACUGCCAUUUUGUAUAUCUAUAACAGCUAUAUAAUAUAUACUAUAUAUAAUAUUCUGACCAUCUCUUCAGCUCUUUUGAUUAAGAGCCAUAUUUAAGGUUGCCAAUGGAGAUUCUUUAUACUCUCUGCAAACCUUUUACAGGGAGCGAACAGCUUCCCUCCUUUAACUAUAAGGAACGUUUACAGUCCAUUUUUGAUGCAGAACAAAUUUCAUACAGUGUCAAUUGUGCCUAUUCCAUAGGAUACACAGUAACUGAAAGAUGUUUGCCACAAUUCUCAACGAUACAGUUACUGAGGUCAAGGCUCUUCAUUAGAUCUGCAUACUGAACACAAAUACUGUUCAGAAGCUUCGGGAGGCAAAGCAGUGGCCUGGUCAUGAGGACAACGUCACUGCAGAGGAAAGGAGUGUGAUAAAGGAGAAGAGGAAGAAGGGAGUCAUUGGAGUGUAAUGUUAGAUCCAGCACAGAAAUGGUUUGAGUCAUUUUUGCAUUAGAUGAAGCACGGGUGCCUGUUUUCACUGCCUGCUCCCUUCGCUUUUCGGGAGCCUCAAAACCGCUGUGAAAAACACACCAAAAAACGUAUAUAUAUAUAUAUAUAUAUAUAUAUAUAUGAAAAUUAAUUCAAGUUUAUGAUGCCGCUUCUAACAAAUAACAAAUGCAUUUUCCGCAUGUGAAUGUUGCUUAUAUAUGAAACACGUCCAUACCCCGGGAAAGACUGCUGUCUAGUGUGCUGUCAUCACCUGGCCUGUAUGUAUAGUGAAUCUGUAGGCUACUUCAUUCACAUCCACUUCACCCCCAUAGGACUAACAUGCUAAUGAGGCUAUUGGCCUAAUACAGGACAAUGCCCCACGACUUCAACAGUGCAAAACAUCGUAUUGAUGACUCUGAUGCCAAAUACCAAGCAGGCUCAUCAUCAAUACCCCUUGACCUUGUGUCCCGUAUUCAAAUCACCAUAUGAACCAAAUUCCCCAUUAUUAAUGUGCAUGAUUAUUUUAUGAAUACCCACUGUUGUUGGUUGUUCCCCCAGAAAUAGAGACAGCUGUGGGCGUCGGGAUUUGAGCUACGGACCGCAAUGGCUCAAGUAGCACAAAGAUCCAUUGUCACUCAAUCCAAGCAUUCCCCUUAGGACUCUGUCCCCUCAAGAAUGAAUGUCAUCUUGCCUCGCUAAUGAAAAUCAUGCAAUUCUCAGAGCGAUAAUAGUCCACGACAAAACCAGGGCAAAGCCAUAACAUAUCUGUUUAAAUGCAUUUAUUUCCAACCUGUUUCGAAGGCAAAUGUGUCAUUAGUUUGUCCACAUUUGGGUCAAAUUCAGAGGUGCCACUUGAAAUGACGGGCCACACCUCUAUACAUCCACGUGAGCAUAAAGUACCAUUGUGGUUGCAGAGCCAGGACUAUACAUGAAUGUCCACUUCGUAGGGUUUACUCAUCUGAGAUGGAACUGUAAAUAGGCCCCUCCAUCUCCUCUCCACACCUUCUCCUCGCCCUGAGAUCAUACAAUGGGCAGGGGUUUUAGGGAGAGGGUGGUGCUGUAGACCUAGGAGGAGGGGCAUGGUAGGCACUUUACUAACAUAGGGUAUCCUUAUCGACGUCUGGAAUGUGGUGGACGUGAGGAAUAGAGAGAGGUGUGCUAGGAGACUUUGCAGGUAGGGUUGACUGUAACCAGAUUGUGUGUGGUGAUAGCGAGAUAACGGGUUUGAGAUGGACAAGUGGUCUGUCCCGGCGUAAUCCGUUCUCGAACCUCCCUCCUUCUAUUCCCUCACCGUGUUGAGGUUGGCACCUUCGGAAAGGUCUUCCUUAUCACCUGACCUGCAGUACCUUUUUUCCUUAUGUCACCACAAGGGGCCCCGGUGACGUGGAGAGCCAGGGCACGCUGUCAGGCAGAGCACUGCCGUACCCAUAUCCCACGGUUGUGAUUUUAAUCCUAUAGGAUGGGUUGAUGGAUGCACUAGUGGCACUGGACUUACGUUUGCCAAGUAAUGUCGUAGCUUUAGAGAGCACAAGGCAGCCGACGGGAUACAGCAACGACAUUUCCGCGGGUCCUUGCAGAAUCACGUAUCACCUUGUUCACUAUUUACCCGCCACCGUGGUUUCCAUAUUUCAUUCGUACUUUAAUGGGCGCAACGAGGUUGACAACUUGAAUUUGUUGUGGCCGCGAGACAGCUUGUGAAUCCGCUCAUGGAUCUAGGAUAUUGGGUAAGGUGGUGCGCUGUCUGUUCUAUGCACGGUUGUACCAACUGUUUGUGAUUAUGUGGUCCAUGGUGGCUCUUCUGUCCAUUGUGGUACCCCGUAGAAAACCAGAAACACGCAGAGUCGUGCGCACACACACACACACACACACACACACACACACACACACACACACACACACACACACACACACACACACACACACACACACACACACACACACACACACACACACACACACACACACACACACACACACACAAUAUUGGUUCCAUGUGAAGUCAGUGAACCGUUACUCCUUUGACAUUGGAGGAAAAGCACCAAAACCUGCCUCUUGGGAGAAAAGCAAUACUGUUCAGUUGAUCCUUGUCUGUCAGUGUCUUUGUAUUAUCAAGCCUCUGUUGGUGUAUUCAGAAGGAUCGCGUCGAUGAAGAAAAAUGAUUCCUAAGGCUAGUUACUGCGUUUGUAUCUUGUUUUCAGCAGAUUCAUUUUCCCUUCUCUAACUUCAAUCAGAUCUGAGAAUGUCCAAAAGAAUACCAUCGGUAUUUCAUGUCUUGUGUGUUACUAAGUACGGAGUUAUCGUUCACUGUUUCAGUAUCUCUAGAAGAACACCGUCUGUUCAAGCCCCUCAGUAUGUUCAGUUCCGCAAGCUCUGCGCUCGACUAGCCAUGUCUGAGCUGAGAUCCACAAGCUCUGAGCUCGACUGUGCGUGCCUGAGCUGCGGGGCGCAGCAGUGAGCACGCCCAGUGUAGUGCUGCUCUAGAGGCAGUCGCAUAGCAGCAGUGAUGCAUUGUGGAUCGCAUGUUAUGGUGGACUAAAAGCUGCGAUCAGCUCAAGUCUGCCUCGAACCGUGGCAGAUCCACACGACUCACCCUGAGAGCCAACGCCUCAGGCAGCACAGACUAACAGCAUGGCUGGUAGUAUUAUGAGUACUGUUAUAGCAGUCUCAUUAAGCCCCAUUUGAUACACUCUCAUCAAACUUGCACAACCUUGAAAUUCAACAAAUGACGUUAUGUGAAUGUUCUGCAGCUCAAAAAAAGAACACUCCAAGUUUCUAACAAAGCAUUGUAGAUUACAUUGCCACAGGGUAUAUUUAUCCAAUAUAAAGAUCGACAAUGGCAGUCAGGGGACAGAAAUAGAUAUAUAUCCACUCAGUCCUAACAUUGUCUGCUUCGUAUAUAGUAGAUGUAAUAGUCGUCUGAUUUGAUACUGAUAUGGGUCUCCUGCGGCCCACUGCCGGAGCGACUCCUACUCACACUGCCAGGCCAAGAGUUUGUGAAGUCUGCUCUCUGCUUCCCACAUUCCAGUGCAGAGAACACCCACUGUUCCAACCUGCAGCAUGCCGUACAGAACAGUACAGGUCCCCUGGCCAAACUGCAUUCUAAAACUCCUUUUCUAUAGGCUCAGUUGUGCGCUGUUUUAGCCCACCAAGGCCAAGUGAAACAAACAAGCCAAAAAAAAAA